CAUGUGUCUUUAUCUGUUCAGCAACGACCGUUGAAGUGUUCGAGGUCGAUUUGCUUUUUGUUUUCUUUCCUUGCAAUAUUCGAUACUAGGCCUGUGUCUGGAUAGGUGGCCUGCGCCGUGUAUAUUCCACAUUGGCAUGCGCAGGGGUACCGUGUGCUUCUGGGAGUUUUGGGCAAGGCAAUGCACGCAGACAAUGAACAACAACCUGACAUAUUUCUACAAGACCUUCCGCGGUCGCAGACCCCAUCAACGAAUACGCACAGCACAUAUAGCCCGUCCAUCCCGCACAUCCCGUGUCUCUGCAUGGCCCUCGCACCAUACGGAUCUCCUCCCGCCCUACCCGCCUUCUCCUUCUCCACCCGCAAGCGUGCGUCCUGUCCCGUCACACAAAGCCAACGCAGCGGGAACCGCAUUUUGGCCCCCAAUCAAGGACGGCCUUCCCGCUGUCGAAAUGUGUCUGUUUUCCACACCCCUUUGGUUUUGUUUCCUGAUGGGGUAGCUUUUGGCUCGCUGGGUCCCGUGCUUGGGCUGGGCGGCGGGGAGGAUGGGGAAUUGGGACCGGGGGUGGUCGUGGCGCUAGGUAUGUGCGGUAUGCGAGGGCGGGAUGGGAUGGGAUGGGACGGGAUAGGAUGGUGCGAGAUGCAGUUAGACUUCUCGUACGGUGUGUAUGAGCUAGGAGUGUGUAGGGCGUCAAGCAGAUUACGCGUUAGGAAUGAAUCUAUUUGUGCAAUCAAUCGUAUCUGCGUCGCUAGCUGACAAGGUAUCUCUGUCCCAAACUCCGACCAAAAGUUGCCUCGACAUG